GCCAUCUCGCGGAGUGACGUCACACCAUGUAUAUCUGGAGUGAGGCUGGCGCCCGUGCCAUUGUUUAUAUGCAGUGCAUUGUGCGUGUUGACAAUAUCGAAUUGAUCGUGUGAGUAAAUUGUCCUUAAUAAUUGUCGCGUUUUCAACAAUGAGUGCCAUUGAGAUUGACGAUGUUGUCGACAAGCCAAAGAAAAGACGUAUUGACGGAGGCACGCGUUGUGCAGCCUGGGGCUGCGACAAAAGUAAACUUAAAGACGGGGUGGGAGUGUUCGAGUUUCCAAACCGGGACAAAUCGCCGGAGCGCUUCAACUUCUGGUGUCGUGUUGUGAAACACACUAGGCAGGACUUCAGGUUUGUGAAGGGUACUUCCCGACUUUGUUCAGAUCACUUUGAUGACGACCAGAUUGACAACUACAUGUACCUAAAAAUUCUCAAAGAAACGAAUCCUGACCAGGCCAGAAAGACUAAGUGGAGGUUGGUCCAGCAUGCCAGGCCAAGUCCUGCCUUGAUGCCGAAGAGACCGAUACAUGGGACGCCAACCACACCCGAAACGUCAGACCGAAGCAAAAGAUGUGAUAAGAGAUCGCAAGCUGUGGCUGUGGAGGUGACGCCAAGUAGACCAAGGCCUAGGAAAUCCAGACCAGCUAAAUUGGAAAGGAAAAGGACGGUGGAUGCUGCCUUGUUUGAAGCGCAGGUUGCAGAGAUUGAGAAUGCCGAGAAUAUGAAGCCAGAGCCCAUGCAACUAGACCUGGAAACUGAAGUGGAUAAUAAGCCUGCAGAGCCAAAGUCCGUUGAUGCAUUUGUCCAAGUGAGUAGAAGGAUGCCACAUCGUUCCAUCAAGGUACAGAUAGCCCCAAAGACUUUCACACAAGGCACCCAAACUGAUAUUCCCUGCUGUCUACCUUGUCGCUGUCAGAGGUCCGAUGAAAACUUAAUUGCUGAUUGUCUGACAGACAAAGCCGAUGCCAUGUCUGAGUGUGACUCAGAUGAAGAUGACCAGGAGUUUAACGACAUAAAUGUGGAUCCAGAUUAUGAAUCGGAUUCAGGAGACGAGUCCACAGAUGAUGAAAUAAAUUUCUCAGGUGUCCAGAACGAAAAAGACGAAGACCCAGUGUCUGAAAAGAAGUAUCUCGUCUUUCAUUCCUGCUUGAUGAUGUUGUUUGCUACAUGCGCAAUCUGUUCCUCUGAAACAUCACAGUUCAUCAAGAGGAUAGGAACCUUUCUAUCUGUGACACAGUGCUGUACUAAUAAAGAAUGUGGAUUUGUAAGGAAAUGGGAUAGUCAACCGAAGUAUGGCAAUUUAGCUGCUGGAAAUGUAUUGCUGUCAAGUGCCAUACUGUUUGCUGGGGCCAAUCCAUCCAAGAUACUCCAUGUUCUGAGACUACUUGGUUGUCAAUCCAUAGGCAGAACCACCUUUUCACAACAGAAAGAGCACCUAUGGCCAGCGGUGGAGACUGUUUGGACUGAGCAGCAAGACUCCCUGCUAACUGAAAUUAAGGAACGCGAGUCCUCCCUUGUGGUUGGUGGUGAUGGCCGAGCAGAUACACCAGGACAUUCGGCAAAGUAUUAAUGGACAACCAUAAUGUAUAAAUUGUAAACUGAAAA